UGGUGAUUUGGACUCGUACGGCAGCAGAUCGUCGGUACAAGCACGAGAUGUUUCCUUCACAUACAGUCCUAUAGCGGCUAAUUCGGUUUUAUAAACCCGGUAUCGCGAAGAACAGCGGCUAAACACCAUCCGGGAGCUUAAUCUGCUCCGACUGAAGUCAAUCCAGCCUGUUUGGUGUAUUACACGGAUCAGUUCGGCGUCUGUAUUCAUGUUAUUGCGGGCAUUAUAUUGUUGAAUAUAACAGAUAAUCAUGGCGAGUGACUCUCCUGCGAGGAGUCUGGAUGAGAUCGACCUGUCUGCUCUGCGGGACCCUGCGGGCAUAUUUGAGCUGGUGGAGCUCGUGGGAAAUGGGACCUAUGGACAAGUAUAUAAGGGACGUCAUGUUAAGACCGGCCAGCUCGCUGCAAUCAAGGUCAUGGAUGUCACAGGGGAUGAGGAGGAGGAGAUCAAAGCUGAGAUCAACAUGCUAAAAAAAUACUCCCACCAUCGAAACAUCGCCACCUACUAUGGUGCCUUCAUCAAGAAGAAUCCACCUGGCAUGGAUGACCAGCUCUGGCUGGUGAUGGAGUUUUGUGGUGCUGGUUCAGUGACAGACCUGAUAAAGAACACCAAAGGAAACUCUCUGAAGGAGGAGUGGACGGCCUACAUCUGCAGAGAGAUCCUCAGGGGUCUGACCCACUUGCAUCAACAUAAGGUCAUUCAUCGUGAUAUCAAAGGUCAGAACGUUUUGCUCACGGAAAAUGCGGAAGUCAAACUAGUUGAUUUUGGUGUGAGUGCACAGUUGGACCGUACUGUGGGUAGGAGGAACACUUUUAUUGGCACUCCAUAUUGGAUGGCUCCAGAGGUCAUAGCCUGUGAUGAGAACCCAGACGCCACAUAUGACUUCAAGAGUGAUCUGUGGUCGCUGGGAAUUACGGCUAUUGAGAUGGCAGAAGGAGCCCCUCCGCUGUGCGAUAUGCAUCCUAUGCGAGCACUUUUCCUCAUACCCAGAAACCCAGCGCCUCGUCUCAAGUCCAAGAAGUGGUCUAAAAAGUUCCAGUCGUUCAUUGAGAGCUGUUUAUUGAAGAAUCACAACCAGAGACCCAGUACUGAACAGCUCAUGAAACAUCCCUUCAUCAAAGACCUUCCCAACGAGAGACAGGUCCGAAUCCAGCUCAAAGACCACAUUGACCGGACCAAAAAGAAGAGAGGAGAGAGGGACGAGACAGAAUAUGAGUACAGUGGAAGUGAAGAGGAGGAGGAAGAGCGAGACAUAGGAGAGCCGAGCUCUAUCAUAAACAUCCCUGGGGAAUCGACCCUGAGGCGGGACUUCCUGCGUCUACAGUUGGCCAAUAAGGAGCGCUCCGAAGCCCUGAGGAGACAACAGCUGGAACAGCAACAGAACGAGGAACACAAGCGCCAACUACUGGCAGAGAGGCAGAAGCGCAUCGAGGAGCAGAAGGAGCAAAGGAGGAGAUUAGAGGAGCAACAGCGACGGGAGAGAGAUCUCCGGAAACAGCAGGAGAGAGAGCAGAGGAGGCGCUAUGAGGAGAUGGAGCAGCUCCGGAGAGAGGAGGAGAGGAGGCAUGCUGAGAGGGAGCAGGAGUAUAUCCGCCGGCAGUUAGAAGAAGAACAAAGGCAGCUGGAGAUUCUUCAACAGCAGCUUCUCCAAGAACAAGCUCUUCUCCUGGAAUACAAACGGAAGCAGCUGGAGGAGCAGAGACAGGCUGAGCGGUUACAGCGGCAGCUGCAGCAGGAAAGGGCCUACCUUGUUUCACUGCAGCAACAGCAACAAGAGCCACGGCCUGCAGACAAAAAACAACUGUACCACUACAAAGACUCCGUCAACCCCAGUGACAAACCGGCCUGGGCCAAAGAGGUGAUGGAGAGAGCUCAGAGUAACUCCCCUCGAAUCCCUCCCAAGAAGCACCAUUCGUUUAACAGUCCUGGAGAAAAACGUGUCGGCCAACUCCUCCCUCUUGACAAGAGCUCCGCUAAUGAGCCCACGAGGCCCCCCUCCUACCCAGCAGCCUUCCACUCGAGAGAGAUAGAGCUGGCCAAGCCUCAGCUCAGGAUAGUCAGUGGGCCAAACGUUCCUAGAAUCCGUGUGUCUUGCGAGCCAGAUCCAUCCCAGCUGGUCAGGAUGGUCCAGCAACAUCUUGAGCAAGAGUCCCGGGGCCGCAAUCCCGGACACUCCAGCAAAGGGACUGAUAUUGAGAGAGACUUAGACGUCUCAAAGGUUGAGGAACGCUCCAAGCUGAACCGCCAGAGCUCUCCGGCUCUCCAGCACAAAGUGGCCAACCGUAUUUCCGACCCCUCCCUUCCUCCCCGCUCAGAGUCCUUCAGCAGUGGAGGCAUACAGCAGGCCCGGACACCUCCCAUGCACCACCCGGUAGAGCCUCAGAUGGCGCACCUGGUCUCUGUGAAGUCCCAUGGCUCUUCCAUGACAGGAUCCCAGUCGCUGCAUGAUCAGUCCUCUCAGGGCGUCUCAGCCUUCCAAGAGGGUCUGUCGCCUCACCGACCACCGAUGCCUCGGCAGAACUCUGACCCUACGUCAGAAACCCCCGCCCCACCACCUCGCAUUACCAGCCGAGAUGAGAAGUUUGACCGUAGUUCUUGGCUGAGACAGGAAGAUGAUGUCCCUCCAAAGGUGCCCCAAAGGACCACUUCCAUAUCCCCUGCACUGGUGAGAAAAAAUUCUCCAGGGAAUGGACCAGGAGGACUGGGACCGAGAACCGGAGCACAUCUGAUCCGAGCCAGUAACCCAGACCUGCGGAUUUCCGUGGAGUCGGCUCUCCAGAGAACCAGCAGUGGUAGUUCUUCUAGUUCUAGCACGCCCAGCUCUCAGGGCGGCUCCAGUGAGAGGAACCUGGUGGGAGGCUCCAGUAAACCUGAGGGAUCCCCAGCAGUGUCCCAAGAAUCCAAGCCCAAAUCCCAGGAGGAGAACAGGGAGGUGACCAGACCCAGCCGACCAGCGAGUUAUAAGAAAGCCGUAGAUGAGGAGGAGCUGGACCUCACUGCUCUGGCCAAAGAACUCCGUGAGCUACGAACCAAUGAGGAAACCAACCGGCCUCCCAGGAAAGUGAUAGAGUAUUCCUCAUCCAGUGAGGAAUCAGAUAGCAGUGAGGAGGAGGAUGGAGAAGGCGGGGCUCAUGAUGGAACUGUUCCCGUUAGUGAUAUUCCACGCAUCAUGCCUUCUGCUGGCCAGGGUGGCACCGACUCACUGGUCAACAAGGAGGAUUCUCAUGCCAAUGAUUCAUUUGGCAAAAAUUCACAAGACGGCACCCUGAUGAUGCGAGAGACGUUUUGGGAAAGCAAGCUCGGUCAUGCCGAGAGCAAUGGUUUCCCCUGUAACUCCAAUCUGCCUGAUCUAGUGCAGCAAAGCCACUCGCCUGGCGAGGGCCCUGGGCGGCUUUCUAGUGGGCUGGACCUGGACUCUGUGGCUGAAUUUGGGAUGGGGAGCGGGUCCAAAGCCUCCUUCACUCCUUUUGUGGACCCACGAGUGUAUCAGACCUCCCCCACAGAGGACGAUGAGGACAACCCUGCCUCAGCUCAUUUUACAGAUGAACUCCUACGGCAGGAGCAGGAACAGGAACAAGCUCGACUAAAUGAGGCUCGGAAAAUAUCUGUUGUUAAUGUCAAUCCCACCAAUAUCAGGCCACACAGUGACACACCGGAAAUCCGCAAGUACAAGAAGCGCUUCAACUCUGAGAUCCUGUGUGCGGCACUAUGGGGAGUGAAUCUGUUGGUAGGAACAGAAAAUGGGCUCAUGUUACUAGAUCGCAGUGGUCAGGGCAAAGUCUACAAUCUGAUCAACCGCAGGCGCUUUCAGCAGAUGGAAGUUCUGGAGGGUCUCAAUGUCCUGGUCACCAUAUCAGGCAAAAAGAAUAAACUGAGGGUCUACUAUCUGUCAUGGCUUAGAAACAGGAUACUUCACAAUGACCCUGAGGUAGAAAAAAAACAAGGGUGGAUUACCGUUGGUGACCUAGAGGGAUGUGUCCAUUAUAAAGUCGUCAAAUAUGAGAGGAUUAAGUUCUUGGUGAUUGCAUUGAAGAAUUCAGUGGAGAUUUAUGCCUGGGCUCCCAAACCCUACCACAAAUUCAUGGCUUUCAAGUCUUUCACAGAUCUUCAGCACAAGCCUAUGCUUGUGGACCUGACGGUGGAGGAGGGUCAGCGGUUAAAGGUUAUCUAUGGCUCCAGCGUUGGUUUUCAUGUGAUAGAUGUCGACUCUGGGAAUCCGUACGAUAUCUACAUUCCGUCCCACAUUCAGGGCAGUGUUACCGCUCACGCCAUUGUGGUGCUACCCAAGACCGACGGCAUGGAGAUGCUUCUGUGUUAUGAAGAUGAGGGAGUCUAUGUGAACACAUACGGCAGAAUCACUAAAGACAGAGCACAGCGACUGAAGUUCCUUUCGGAGAGAAACGAUAAAGUGUUCUUUGCCUCAGUCAGAUCAGGAGGCAGCAGCCAAGUUUUCUUCAUGACCUUGAACAGAAACUCCAUGAUGAAUUGGUAAUUCAUCCCCGCCCUUCCCUGCAUUGUAUCUGUGGACCUUUUCUACUUUAUUGAAAAGUGUGAAAAAAGGAAAGACAGGAAAAUCCAGGUGCGCUGGAUAAUCUGGCAGACGGCAAAAAGACCAAACCUUGCUGGGACCUUCUCAGAAGAGUCAAAAGACAAACCCAAAAUCCACACGCCCCCGCCCAACAACAAGGGGCGCCGGAGGAGAAGAACAACCGGUCUGCAUUAUUUUUAUGGCUCUUUUAUUAACAAGUGUAGGGUUCUGGUGUUUUUGUCCUUACAAAUCUCUAUCUAGAUUCUUCUGGAGGUGAAGACUGGAAAUAUGGGGAAUAAGACCCACAGAGUAGAGUGAAUAUUUGUACUGUUAAGACACUUUUCGACAAUAAUUUAUCACGGUUGCGCUGAACGUCAGUAAACCUCCCUUGCGGGAUGAAUCCAUUGAGGCUGGUUUGUGUGAUCAACCUUUUUCUUUUUUAUGUUUCAGCUUGGAAUGCACACAGAUGUUUGUUUCAUGUGGAUAUCACUCUAAUGUCUGAUAUUUAAGACUUGUAUGAUACUUUGCCACAUUAUGUUGGAGCAGACACACUUCGGGCUGUCCACAGAAUGCCUUAAAUAUGAAUUUGCAAAGCUGCUCGGUUUUAUUUUCAAGUCUAUAAUAUAUUGAUGUUUAUGCAUCUAUAUUUCUGUAAGGAAAGGAAAAUGCUACUUUUUUGGAUGGAAAUCGAUGCCUGCUGAAAUGGACGUAUAACGGAACUAUAUAAUGAUUCUGAAUAUUCAUGCUGUGCAUUCCUAGUUUUAUCCCAAAGCUCUAUAGUAUUCACAUUUGGAGCCUGUGGUUUGGCACUGUAUUCCUAGUGCUCAGGGAGAUGGUGCUGUCGAUCAGACCUUUUUAUAUUCAUUUCCAUUGUCUUUACAACUUAUGUUAAAGGGAUAGUUCACUCUAAAAUUACAAUUCUGUUCUCAUGCCGUUCCAAAACUGUAAGACUUUUGUUCCUCAGUUACACAUAAAAAGAGAAGUUUAUUAGACUGUUCAAGCUGCUCUCUUCCAUACAAUGAAAGUAAUUGAAUUGAAAGUAAAUGAAAUUACAGACAAAAAAAAACAUCAUAAAAGUAGUCAAUAUGCACUGUAUUUUUAGUUUCUGAAGCCAUAUGAUGUUUUUGUGUGAGGAACAGGCUCAAAAAAGUUUUGUUCACAAAUAACAGUCUGGACAUUGACAAAAAUAUUGGAAAGACAAUAAGGCGAGUCAUUUUUGGGUGUUUUACUGGCCCUAUGAGAACUUGAAUUUCCAUAUGGAUUGGAUUAGACCGUAAUUUGUAUUUAAGGGUGAAACUGGUCUGCAGAGAUGAUUCUGGAACGCUUUAUCACCACAGUGCUAAGAAACCGUCUGAAUACUUCAACUGACUGGUAAAUACUACAGAGCUUUCUAUUGAAACAUAAAAAAGUACAUUAAGAUUCUGUUUAGAGUAUCACCGUUUCUUUGUAAGAGUGUGUGUAUGUGAAUGAAUGAUGAGAUGUAAUGCUUUCCACCAAUGAUACAAAAAUAACCAUUAACAUACCAGCAAUCUCAAUUGUUUUCGUAUCAGGAGUAACACGUGUCAUUAGAAUAAGAAUGUGCUGCAGUUUUGUAUUUUUGAGUUGGUUUUCUCAUGACUUUCAGCAAAGUGCAAUAAAGGCCAAGGGAAUCGAGCCUGGUGAGUCGAUUGCUCACCUCUCCUCAUGAUGGAUCUCCAACUCUUUCUAGAGGGACAUUCACUUCCACCCUCUGUAAAUAUCCACUUCCGUUUCGGAAAAGAGUCCUGCCUCCGAAUCGAAUGCAUAGGAACUGUGAGGAUGUGACAGAAAUGUGCGAUGCUGUUUGUGGUUCUGUAAGAUCCACCUCCUCCUCUGUGUGAAUCACAUGAAUCCGUGAACGAAGGGUAGUGUUUUGUGAGUAGAGCUUCCUUUUAGGCUACCUCGUUUCUGUUCACCUGUUGGAUCGGGGGGGUGGGGGAUUGUGUCUUUUUGAAAUGCAACCAGUAGAUCAGUGAAUUUUCAAUGUUAUUCACUUAUAAUAGGUAUUUUCAAUUGGCGAUGAGGAUGUUGUAAUUAACAAAUGUAAAAUAAGGCUAUUUUGUCAUUCCAUGUAGAUUCAGAGGUGAUUUGAGUGUAGAGCGCCAGACAGAAAUAUUCAGAAAUGGACACUUUUAAAAAACAAAACAAAAUCUUGGUGCAAUGUCUUGUGUAACAGCCAAAUCAAGCCUACACUUCAUAUUAGGGUGAUUCUUCAAUUAGGGCAACUUUUCGGUACCCACGGAUGAUUUUAAGGGAAAAUCUUUACAUUUUUCUUUCUUUUUGGUCUCUCUAAUAAUUUUUUUCCCCCUUAAAGAUGUGUUCAGUUUAUUUGUGAUUUAUUUAUACAUUUUUAUAGCUUUUUUUUUUUAUCCAAUACUACUGUCAUCACUGCCAUGCCAAGAAUUGUAUUUUAUCAAUUAAUUUUAUGAUUAUUUUUUUUUAGACCAAGCACACAACUGACAUUAUUUCAAAAUCCACUUGAUAAGUUAUAUGAAACUGUUUAAUGACGUUGCAUUUUUAGGAUUACACAAACACAAAAAUGCCUCUUAACUGCAGAAUCGCACAUUAAUAGACUUGAAGUCCUUCCAAAUGACGUGGCAUUUUAUUCAAAUAGGUGGAAUCAUGAAAUAACAGUCCUUUAUAUACUUAUAUAUAUUUUCAUUACAGUUCUGUAAGGGCAAUAGAGUGUGAAAUUCACUCGACACAACUAGGAUCUUUUGAGACUUCAUGUUUUUUGUCCAUCAAACUGUGAACUGAGUGGAUGUGUGUGUGCAGGUGGGAAAUACUUAUGGGGUCUUUCCAUUCAUUUUAUCAACACGGCUGUGAGGUUGGUUGAUUUCUUCAUCUCAUGCACCACCUUCAGUGGUGGAAAGUCUUUUGAUGUGUGCUUGACCUUAUUUUCUUUCUUAAUAUGGACAUUAAUACUGUAAGUACAUCCUUUAUAUUCAGGCUGAGCGAGUUGUUUUAUUUCUGUAUUUCUCUUAUUUUUUGUGUAUUAAAAUUUGAGAUUUAUAGCACAA